GGAAGGCACCUGAAGGCUAAUCCAUUCCCACCCCCUGCCAAGGGCAGGGACACCUUCCACUAUCCCAGGCUGCUCCAAGCCCUGUCCAGUCUGGCUUUGGACACUGCCAGGGAUGGGGCAGCCACAGCUUCUCUGGGAAACCUGUGCCAGGGCCUCACCCCGCCCUCACAGGGAGGAAUUUCUUGCCAACAUCCCCUCCUGAGUUCAUUUCUCCAUCUGUAAAAGAACAGCAGCGAUACAUGGCUCAAUAAAGUUGAAUCAUGUAAUGAUGGAAUGAUUUGGCUGGAAGGGACCUUAAAGCCAAUGCAGUCCCACCUGCUGCCAGGGGCAGGGACACCUUCCUGUCCAGUCUGGUCUGGGACACUUCCAGCACUGGACUUAAUCUCCUGCCUCUGUAGAAACAGUUUGAGUUAUCCACAGCCCGUGUAAUGGAUUCCACUCAACGACUUAAAAGGAAGUGUUACGCAAGCCACGGCCGAUUUGUGGAAGCGGAACGCUGGUGAUGAGGAUGUUAAAUUGCUGAAGUGAUCUCACAGCUGGGAACAACUCCUGAUAAGCUGCUGGGAGCAGCCAGGCAUCCUCCAGCACGGAUCGGGUCUAACAGUGCCCCAGUCCAGGUGUUGCUUCAGGGAGCCGUCCCCCAUUAGCAAGGCACAAAUCCACUUGGCUUUGCUUCAGAACCUCAGUCACAGCAGAAUGUUUAAAAAACUCACCAAAUUCAUCGUAAAGCAAAUGGAUCCAAAGAAGGAAAUGGUCCCUGUGGAGAGCAUCGCACACAAUGAGCACUUCAGGCCUCUUUAUCUCCUGAAAAAAAAAACCAAACCAAAAACCAUAUUCCACCGAGCUCCCUACUACCAGCGCACAGGGUUCACACUGGAUGAUGUGCUGCUGCCAGGACAAGAUGGUACACUCAUAGAGUUCAUCCAUCAGGAUUCCAGCCAAUUUACUCUCACAAAAGUCAGUGCUGACCAAGCUGAUGGAGGUCUCAGCAUUUCUUUAGACCCUGCAAAUGUAGAGCUGCAAGGAGCUGCCUCCUUGUCCAAAGAGUUUUCCAUUACGCCACAGAAGAAAAGUGUAUCACCGGAAUCACUGGAGGCACUGAGAAGAGAAAGGGAAAUCAACAUGGAUCAUUCCUUCAUCCGACAGCUACGGAGAACAGACAUCAGUCUGCAUGUGGUCACUGAAAUCCUCGAAGCCUCGGAGGAGACCGUCUACAAGGAAUCCACCAAGGCAGGCGGGGGCUUCAAGACCAAACUUCAUGCCACAUUCUGUGCAAAGAGCAUCAGGGAGGACAAACAAAGCAUAGUCAUACCCAAAGGCUGCACCCUGGCCUUCAGGACCAUCCCACUACACAUUAGAGAUGGAGCAUGGGAUCUGGAUUAUUUCCCAGCAAAAGCUGUGAGAAGGCAAGCUUAUGUAGCUGAUGGUCCCUCCCUAGGAAAUUUAGGAGUAGUGGUGACAGAAGUUAAAUACUCCUGCCGAAUUUUCUCCGAGCUGUCUUCUGACCAGCAGCUCAUAAUCUUAAACACCAUCAAAGCCGUGAUGGGAGACAAGAACCUCCUUCAAGAGCUCAGUCAGACAAUGGAAGAUAUUCCUGAGCAAAAUGAUGGUUAUGAGCUGAAAACUGAGAGCCCAGACUUGCAAGCCCUGUUCAGCACUUUACAACGUUCUCCAAGAGACCGUCUCCUUCUGCUGGCAGAGGGAAUCACCUACGUCCUCGAUGCUCUGCAUGAGUUAAUGGAGGAUCAGCUGGUGCUGCUGCUGGAAUCCUUGGAAAGGAAGAUUGUGUCGCAACAGCUGAAGCUGGUUGAAAACCUCUUGAAACAUGACCUGGAUAAGGGGAAGGAGACUUUCUUUGUGGAUACCAGGCUGCUCUCCUUCCCACACGAAGAGGAACAGAGGUUAACCAUGGCCCUGGUGGAGCUGAGUGGAGUGCAGCUCCAGGAAGAUGGAUCAGCUGUCCCUAGGCAUCAACCCUUCGAGGCCGUGGCAGCCCUGUUUGUGGCCCUGUACACCCUCAACCUCCUGAGUGGCUCUGAGUAGGAGGCACCUGGCCCUGCUCAGGGAAACCCUCGGUAAAGCGUUGGGAAAUCUCUGCUGAUGAGACAGGUUUCUCUCCCAAUAUCAUCCUUGUUGAUGCUCAAGGCUGCUUUUGGCUGGGAAAAGCAAAUUUAAGGCAGGAAAAUUCAUUAUGGAUAUUAAAGGUUGGAUAUCAAA